AUGUCGAAACGAAGAUACGGAAGCCCCACUCUCCGCAAGGAUUCGCACUUGCUGCUAUCCAAAACCGCGCGACUGUCACAGGCCUGCGAUCGGUGCCGGCUGAAAAAAAUCAAGUGCGACGGCGCCAGACCUUCGUGCGUCGCCUGCACAAAAGUUGGUUUCCAUUGCCAGCACAGUGACAAGCUCUCCAGGCGCGGGAUCCCGAAAAAUUAUACCGACUCGCUGGAGAAAGAGGUGGUGCGUCUGCAGCAAUUGCUAGGCGAGGCACAAGCUCGGUCUACCGCUGCGAGUCCCGGCGCCAACAGGAACUCGGAUCCGUAUCCGCCCUCUCUUUCCAACUCCCCAUUUGACCUCCCAUUUGUCAAUGAUACCUUUCAUCUUUACAACAACCAUGUCAACACCGAGGGCAGAUUCGUGGGUCACGCUACCUGGAAUAUGUUGGCCAACUCUAUGUCCGAAUUGCCCAUGGACACUCUGCCCAACGAAGACGAAUGGUUGUUGCGAUACCUCGUUCGCCAAUUCCAGCUUUCUCAAGACCGCAUCCCCACGGUGCUUCUCUCUAGAUACCAACAAGAUGCCAUUCUAUGUGAGAAACGUAUACAGAAGUCUAUUUCACAUUUUCUCGACACUUCCAUGGCCCUGAUACCCAUUUUAAAUCCGGACUCCUGGCGCGACAGUCUCUUGAGGAUACCUCACUCGAAAAAUGUCCAUCCCGCAGUGUUGCUUUCUUAUUUGUUCAUCUGUCAAUGGCAAUGGUCGUGUUUCAGCGAUGAAAAGCUUUUCACCGCGACCAAGUUUGUUUGUCUCAACUCGACGAAACCUUUGCUUCGCCUACAGAGCCUAUUAUUGGCGAGUUUCUAUUUCAUGGGAACCCCGGGAAUGUCCCUAUUAUCGAAAUGCUCUACCGCGCCUUUUGCUUCUCAACUUCUGAGACUUGCGUAUGCGGAAAUGAUAAACCUGGGGCUUUUCAUCAAUAGCCAUCGAUUGACCCCCAUAGAGCCCCACGCCGCCCUCAAUCACAUUGAGCGAUUGACAACUUUCUGGUGUUUUCAAUUUUUAGACUCUUGGUGGACUUUACUGCAAGGGCUACCCAAGACAAACUUCACAACCGAUGAAUUUCUGCCACCAAAACUUUCAACUCUGAAUAAUCCCAAAUUCAAACCAUUUGAGCUACUAGUAGACUUCGUUGUUGGUUGUCUUGACGGCUGCAACCUUCUCAAAGCUCUAUCGCAAGGUUCUUACAAUACCCACAUGGUCUACGUUUUGGAAACUUUCCGAAAACAGCUCUUCCAGUAUAGUCUUUACCAUCGCUUAGCUGAUCAUGACGUUCAGAGUUUUUCUGCUCUAAUCACUAAUGUUGAUCAACCGUUGGCCAUAGAGAUUCAAAUAACACUGUACUAUCUGGUAAUGUCACUGUUUACCAACCUCAAAGCCACCGAGACGACGAUCAUCAAAAAGGUUGCAUUUGAGCCCAAUUCUCAGGAUGCCACCAAAUAUCAAGAAGACUAUUCUUCGACAAAGAGACCUACGUGCUCAAGCAAAAUAAUGAAGGCACUUUCUUCACAGCGAGAAAAUGCUUACGAAAUUUUGACUCUUUACUACCUCACCAUCGUUGAUCACAACGAUUCAAAAAACGUGGCGCCGCUACAAUUCAAAGCGUUGCAUCUUCUGCCGUGCGAGAACUUUGCGGUUAUCAAAGUCUGCCUAGAGACUCUUGCUUCAUGGGCGUCGUCGAAAUUUGCAAAAGACGAUCCUGAGUACCAACUGAUAUACAACAGGUGUCGCUCUACUGUUGAAGCUUGGUGCAACCUGUGGUACUUUGACGAACCAGAAGAUGACUUGCUGACACGGCUGCAAACGCUAUUUGACUUCAGUUUGGUGCUUCCAUCGCCAAGAACUGGCCAAGUCUUCGAUAAACUGUUGUAUUUGCACUCCAUGAAAUUACAAAGUAGGCGGGCGUUGCUCCUCAAUCAAAAUAACGAUACCCAAACUACGGGUAAUGUGGAGGAGCCUUUGAGCUUGUUCGGUGGGGACAACAUGGCGAUGCGAAUCCCAACUUCCGAAACCAUAAAUGCGCUAUUUAACCCCAUAGCCAUGCAAGAGGAGGAUGAAGGCUACGCCGAAGAUGAUGACGAAGACGACGAUGCAUUUUUGGAAAUACCGAUCGUAAAGAAAAAACAAACGAGUCAAAGGAGUGGAAGCAACCAAGCUUCUUCACUUCAGUAUUCCCAUUCUGGUUCUCUUUUUGACCACCGUAGGCCAGGGCCAAUGCCGAGGCGCGUUUCGGAUGGUAUGGGAGCGGAACCAGAUCAUUUAAACGGCCUCUUAAAGGAUGAUAGCACUUUGAAGGCACCCGGAACCUUCGGUGAAAAAUGGACAAAUGAGCACUAUUUGCUGGUGCAAGGGUAUCAAAAGCCCUCUUCCAUGGUAGGAACGCCGCGUUCUUUAGCAGAUUUACUAGCACCUAGCUCAGACGUUGUCAUUCCGUCAGAGGCAAUAGAUAGGUCCAAACUUUCCACCAAUCAAACAUAG